CUCCUUAUCAAUUAUAAUUUUGAAUUAUCAUCAGAUAUCGAGUUACAACAUCCUAUAUAAAUCGUAAUUUCCACUAGAUUUUUCAAAUUGUACAAACAAUCGUACAACAAUGCUCGUCAAGUGUCUAUUGGCCACUAUUCUCGUAAUCCAGGCCUGUUUGGCCAAAUCCUUGGAACCUCGUAUCACGGAUGGCGUCCCCGCCGCUCGUGGUGAAUUCCCAUACCAAGUUUCUGUUCAAUGGGGAAUCCCACCCUUAACUCAAUACAGCCACUCGUGUGGUGGAUCCAUCCUGAACGAAAGAUACGUCCUGACCGCGGGACACUGUAUUAUGAAAGUUGGAAAAUCUAGAGUUAUUGCCGGGAAAUACGAGCUGGACAAGACUGAAUCUUCUCAACAAGUCGUUGACGUGGCCAAGAGUAUCGUUCACAAAGGGUACAAAGGCGGAGUUGCGCAACACGAUAUCGCUCUUCUCGUCCUGAGCUCCCCCUUGAAAUUCAACAACUUGGUACAACCCAUUACCCUGCCCAAACAAGGAGAGAAACAAACUGGACAAGCUGUUCUCUCUGGAUGGGGAUCAAUCUCUAAAACAGCAAAACCAACCUUACCAAACAUCCUUCAAAAGGCUAAUGUACCUAUCCUGGACAACGCUGAAUGCUUGAAAGAACUUACUUCCCAACACGUUGUUGGAACCCAACCUGAAUUGUUCGACACUCAAGUCUGUAGUGGUAUCGCUGGCAAAGAGGUGUCUGCCUGUUCCGGUGACUCUGGCGGCCCACUCGCCCAAAAGGUGGGUACAAAAUCUGUACAAGUUGGUAUCGUUUCAUGGGGUAUGAUGCCCUGUGGAUCAUCCCACAUGCCCUCCGUAUACACUCGAGUGGCCUCUUACGUAAACUGGAUCCAUGAAAAUAUGUCUCGCACGAUCUAUAUAAACUCUGGCCAGAAUGCAAUAUCUCAAAUUAUCAAAAUGUCUCUCAAACUGUUUAUUUAUAUUGCCUUUCUCGCGGUGGUCGCCUCCGCGAAACCCUACCGUGGCUUCAGAAUAUCGUUAUUCGACACUCGCAUAGUGGGAGGAAACGAGGCUAAGCAAGGACAAUACCCAUGGCAAGUUUCUUUGCAAUGGGGAUGGUUGUUGGGUUAUUCUCAUUUCUGCGGUGGUUCUAUUUUAUCCGACCGAUGGGUAGUCACGGCUGGACACUGCGUCCUGGCUGUUCCGGACUACGGUAAUUUCGUAGUCAAAGCCGGAAAGCACGACUUGAAAGUAGUAGAGAGCACCGAGCAAACAGUCGCGGUUGAGAAAUCGUUCGUGCACGAAAAAUACGUAGGAGACGUGGCUCCUUACGACAUUGCGUUACUGAAACUGGAGAAACCUUUGAAAUUGGGUGGCGCUGUACAACCGAUUAAUCUUCCAAGUAUUCCAUCCACGCCAAGCGGAAGGGCGACUUUGACUGGUUGGGGAUCGACAUCGAGAACCAGUACCCCGUUAAUGCCCAGCAAACUUCAAACGGCCUAUUUGCCGUUACUCGAUCUGGCCGCUUGCAAACAAGCCAUAGAAAAACUUACUGGUCCGUCGCCGUUGCACGAGACCAACGUUUGCACUGGACCGCUCACCGGUGAUUACUCCGCGUGCAGCGGCGAUUCCGGCGGCCCACUGGCGCACAACGCGACUGGAAAAGCUGUACUCAUCGGAAUCGUUUCCUGGGGAAUCGUCCCGUGUGGAACCGUCGGCGCACCGUCCGUAUACACCAAGACUUCCUCCUUCCUCACCUGGAUUGGAAACAUCAUGGCAAGGAACUGAAUAUCUCAAUUAUUGAUAAUCUUAUUGAUUAAAGAGUUUCGACAUAUGUACGAUGAAAAUAUAAUACGAGUAUAUUUUUAUGGAAAAUAUAAAGAAUUUGUAAUCAGUCACUUCAAAAGUUAUAUCUAUUCUUGAUACGAGAAAUAAAGAAAAAUUGUUCAACAUCA